AUGACAUCUGAAGACCAAUCCCUAAAGAAACAAAAAUUAGAAGCAUCCCAAUCUUUGAAAGUGUAUUUGCGUUCACCAAAGGGUAAAGUACCAACCAAAGGAUCAGCACUUGCCGCUGGGUACGAUUUAUAUUCUGCAGAAGCAGCCAUUAUUCCAGCUCAUGGUCAAGGAUUAGUUUCUACCGAUAUUUCUAUAAUUGUACCAAUAGGUACUUAUGGCCGUGUUGCACCACGUUCAGGAUUGGCUGUGAAGCAUGGUAUUUCAACUGGUGCUGGUGUUAUUGACGCCGAUUAUCGUGGUGAAGUGAAAGUAGUCUUAUUUAAUCACAGUGAUAAAGAUUUCGAAAUUAAAGAAGGUGACAGAAUUGCUCAAUUGGUAUUAGAACAAAUUGUCAAUGCCGAUAUCAAAGAAAUAACUCUUGAAGAAUUGGAUAAUACCGAACGUGGUGAAGGUGGUUUCGGAUCUACUGGUAAGAACUAG